AUGCCUCAGUUCCAGUAUCGGGGCUUGGGCGAAGGGGACCAGCCUAUCCGGCUGGUUACUAUACUUCCAGGCUCUGAUAGGCAGCCCGUCUCACUUCAGAUUCGUCACACGAUAAUGGCACAAGAGACACCGCCCAUCUACGAAGCCUUAUCCUAUGUAUGGGGCUCAUCAGAUGAUGGAGUUGCAGUUUCGGUUGCCUACAGCGACGAUCCUUACCAGUCGACCUUGAUGGUUGGACAAAAACUCUUUGUCGCACUACAGCAUCUCCGACGAGCUGACAAGCCUCGGACAAUGUGGAUUGACGCCCUCUGCAUCAAUCAAGAAGACAUUGCCGAAAGAAGCAACCAAGUUCGAAACAUGGGCAAUGUGUAUAGAUUGGCGAGCCGCGUGGUGGUUUGGCUCGGCGAGGCCGAAAACGACAGUGACUUCAUCAUGAGUUUGGUGCAAGACGUUGGCGCUCGAAUGCAACGGGAGCCCGAUGGCUGGAUUCAAUACUUGGAGUCCGAGGCAUACAAAUCUCGGGCGAUGCAUGCCUUACACUUCCUCCUUCUACGACCCUGGUUCAAGAGGGUUUGGAUUCGACAAGAAAUAGGACUGGCAAACGGCGACUCUGUCGUCAUGUGUGGCCAUAUAGCGAUGCCGUGGCAACAUUUCCGUGAAGUGUUGCGUCAGCUACGUACACAGCCUUAUGUCGAGCACCUAGGGGAGACGGCGGUGGUGCUAGAAGAAACACGCCGUGCUAUUCUUCCAAUGUCAGGGAAACCAAGUUCUCGGUUGUUCUCCCGACUCUACCAGGCCAGACCAUCACGAUGCCUCGACCCCAAGGAUAGGAUCUACGCAAACCUCAACUUGACCGAAUCGAUAUAUCGCGACAAGAUCAAGGUCGACUACAGCAUGUCCACUCUGGAACUCUAUCGGCAGGUUGUCCUUGUCGACCUCGAGAUGGGAGACCUAUCGAUACUUGCUCAUUGUGACAUUUCAACUCGUCCUUCAGGCUGGCCAUCUUGGGUUCCAGACUGGUCAAAUCCAUUCUGCACAAGGGUCCUAGCUAAGGCAAAGAGUAGUUCUCUUGUGCUGUCAGACGCCGAAUGUGUCGGAGACAGCACUUUAAAGGCGACAGGCCUAAUAAUCUCACGCAUCGAGUCUCUAAACAAGACUAGGUUCCACCGUGACCGCUCAAACUUCAAUGUCGAGCUACAGCGGCUCGCCAAGACAAAGACAACGGGCUCCUAUGUCAACGGCAAAAGUCUCCUGGAGGCGUUUUGCGACACCAUUUGCUGUGGUGACUUCAACACGCCCGAGCUCGACAGCGACUUUCCAGUCCUUGAGACAACAAUGCUAUACGUUGAGGCCCUUGUUGAGAAUGCCGAGAACCAGUUCAACAACCCCCCUACGGCCUUGGAGUAUCAUAUUCCCCGACACUGCCACGGUCGAUCACUUUUUUGGACCGACCAUGGGCACCUAGGCCUCUGUCCUGCUGGGAGUCAACCUGGAGACGUCAUCGCCGUUUUGCUAGGCUGCGAUGCGCCCUUGGCUCUGCGCCUAGAUGAAUCUGGGGCAUAUGAAGUUGUAGGACAGUGCUAUGUUUCUGGCUUUAUGGAUGGUGAGGCCAUCCUGGGUGGACUUCCACAGCGCUCGAUGAAGGAUUCCAGCGUCGCUGCCCUUCGAAGUAGGAUGGAGUGGCUCCAUGGUGUUUCAUAUGAAGCAAGGGACAACAACUACAGAAAUCAGGCCGAGGAAAGUAAGGAGCACAUGGCCAUUAGCGAUAGAGGUAGCGAUUGUGACAGGAGUGAUGGCGAUGACUCCUGGCUCAGAAGCGUCACACCAGAAAUGCUCCACGAAGCUGGUAUUGACGUCAGGGUGUUCAAGUUGGUAUAG